AUGCUGUUCGCGGCGGCAUGCCUCGCCUUGAGACCCGGAGGCGGGCUGCUGCGGGGAUCCCUGGCACAGCAACCACAGGUGCAGCGGGUGCUGCCGCGACCUCCGCCUGCUAUGCCCAACCGCCAACCUACUUCAGCACCCAUAGUCGCGAACCACGGCAACCGAACCACUGCCAUAGUGAAGCAGGAGUGUCUGCUGUACAGCGCUGAUGUGAAGAACUCAAUCCGAUCGAGCGACGGCAGCGCUGUAAUGAGCGUCGUACUCGUGGACGACCAAGUGGGCCCGGCGGUCGGAGCCGUGGACGUCCGUAACCUAUCGCUCGUCCACAGCCGACUGGGUGCAUUGUUGAUAACCCUGCAGUGGCUGCCGUACGCCCAGCAGCUAGAGGUGACCAAUCCCCGGGAGAUCGAGGAGAUAGCUAAUGCAUCUGCCAUCCUGAAGGACAUACGGCAGGGUGGUCCGGGGUCCAACAUGAGCUCGGUGUCCUUCAUUGACGGGGUCAACAAUACCAUCGGUUACGAGCGCACCGACAACCUCAGAGGCGAUUUCAUACCUGCAACGCCUCUCAGCAUCUUCUCCGAAAUGGCCCUUCCUAGCCGGGGCCGCUGGGUGCUGCUGGUGGAAGAUGCGGGCAGCAGUUACAAGAACCGCUCUGUGGAAUUACUGGGCUGGAAGCUGGUUCUGUGUCCUCCUGUCAACCAGUCCCUACCUGUCAACCUUCGAGAACAGGUGGUCAAGAAAGUGGCAGCUGCCGGCAAGUUGGACCUGUCCUCAGCCCGGUCGGGGGGGGCCUUCAGUGCGACAAUGCGUCAGGCGGCAGCGGGUGACGGAAGAGGACCCUUCGGGGCGCUGGGCAGUGGGGCCCAACCUUUGGUGGCGGCCAUCGGCUCUCUGGUGACGCGGAAUGCCAAAAUCCAAUACAAGUCGUACACAGAGCUGGCAGACGAAGCGGUUGAGGCGGCGAUCCGAGCCCAGAACAACUUUCAAAGGCUAUACGGCCUGCCGAACGAGCUGACUCCGCUCAUCAACAAAGGCCUUCCCUGGGUGGAGCUGUUCAUCGACAACACAUCCCCACCUGCUAAGCGGCACCGACGUCACGAUUCAAAACCAGGUCUGGCCGGGCAAGAUAGUCUUCUGGGCGUUGCAACUCGAGAUGGCCCUAACGGCCCCGUCGUCGUCAACAAGAAGCUAUUGCAGCGGGAGAUGUGCAGCAUCAUGAUGCCGUUGGAGUUCGCGCAGUACACCAGCAGCGAUGACGAGGAGGUCGCUGAGUUAACAGACAGCAACAGUGAUGACGAUUACGUGGAUGAGGAGGUGGAUGACGAAGGCAGCAGUGACGAUGAGAGCCGCCGCCGCCGCCGGGGCCUUGCCGGCCUGUUGGGGCCCUCCAGCAGCCUGCGCUUCCCCACACCGCUGGCCCCCCUGGACUUCACGGAAGCGCCGCUGUUUCCUCAGGCCGGUGGUGGCCUGCGGGCCCCCCUGGAGCUUCAGAGGGCUCUUCUGGAUGGCGGAUGGCCUGCUGGCCGCGGCGGCAGUGGGCCACUGCUCGGCGGGCGACCAGGUAACCCGAAUGUCAUUCCACUCCAGGAAUCCCCGGACGAGCCCGUACUGGGGCAGCCUUGGGACACCGUUGGAGGCACAAACCAGAGAGAUCGUGCUGGGCGGGAACCAAGGACAAUUGGACGACCCAAUCCAGACGCAAUCAACCAAAUCAUCGAGCGUUCCUUCAACAACAUCGAGGCGGGAGUCUAUAACGACGCAGUGCUCAGUGAGCUCAAGGCUGCCGUAAAUCGCGGGGAACGGGCAUCGUCGACUUUGGAUGCUGUUGCUGCAUCAGCUGAGCUCCUGUCGCGGGGGGGCGAUGCGGCCGUGCAGACCGCUCAGGCGCUCAAAGCCAGUGCAGACACAUACACGGAGAUACUGCGAGCCGGCGAGGAGUCGCUUCAGCGCUUCAACGAGCCACAGAUGCAGAACUGGACUCGCGAGUGGCUCAAGAGCGGCGGUGUCAAUCAGGAGUUUGAGGGCAUGAAGAGGGCGGCCAAGAAACGCAAUCAGCAGCCCAACACAGUGGACCGCUUCACGUGGUUAUUCUCCCGGUGA